CGUGAGGCAACCAUGGCGGGAGGAAUGAAUGUGGCGGUCUCGCCGGCAGUUGGUCCCAUAUCCUGGGGCUGGGGUACCGGGGGCCGUGGGGCAGUGCGGCUUUUCCUGGUCCUCUCCGGCUGCUUGGUCUGCGACUCAGGUGGGAUUGAUGUAAAGGUGGUCAUGCUUCAGGAAUCCCGAGUUGAUGAUAUGUGUUCCAGCCAACAAUUCUGUUAUAAAAAUAUGCUUAUCCCAAAAUGGCAUGAUGUGUGGACACGGAUACAGAUCCGGGUAAAUAGUUCCAAAUUGGUACGAGUCACCCAGGUGGAGAAUGAGGAGAAACUGAAGGAGCUAGAGCAAAGUCAAAUUUUCUACUAUUCCACUGGGAUGAGUGUGGGAAUUGUGGCCUCUCUACUAAUCAUCAUUUUCAUGCUGUCCAAGUUUAUGCCCAAGAAAAGUCCCAUUUACAUCAUCCUGGUGGGAGGCUGGUCAUUUUCUCUGUACCUCAUUCAACUAGUUUUUAAAAAUUUACAAGAGAUCUGGAGGUGUUACUGGCAGUAUCUUUUAAGCUACAUCCUCACAGUUGGAUUCCUGAGUUUUGCAGUGUGUUACAAGUAUGGGCCCUUGGAGAAUGAACGAAGUAUCAACCUGCUGACCUGGACCUUGCAGCUGGUGGGCCUGUGUUUCAUGUAUUCUAGCAUCCAGAUACCACACAUUGCCCUUGCCAUUAUCAUCAUUGCUCUGUGUACCAAGAACCUGGAGUACCCUAUUAAGUGGCUGUACAUCACCUACAGAAAGAUGUGUAAGGCAACAGAAAAGCCUGUCCCCCCUCGUCUCCUGACAGAAGAAGAGUAUCGGAUACAAGGAGAGGUAGAGACCCGAAAGGCUUUAGAGGAGCUUCGAGAAUUUUGUAACAGUCCAGACUGCUCUGCUUGGAAGACUGUUUCUCGAAUCCAGUCCCCAAAAAGAUUUGCUGACUUUGUGGAAGGCUCCUCCCACCUCACGCCAAAUGAAGUUUCUGUUCAUGAGCAGGAGUAUGGAUUAGGAAGCCUUAUUGCCCAGGAUGAAAUCUUUGAAGAAGCAUCCUCUGAGGAGGAGGACUCAGAUUCUCGGUGUCCUGCUGUCAUACAAAACAACUUCCUGGCUUAGGUGUCAGUCAGUUAUCUUUAUGUGGACUGGCUUGGUGCCUUGGUGGUCCAUGUUGCAUGUGUUGUGCAAUUGCUUUCAACCCUUUGAAACAGGGUGAGAUGGUGCAGAUAUUCUCACAUUGAAACGAGAGGCCUGAGUAGACCUCCCCCUGGAAAUGGUCUCUGUGAGAUCCCUGAGGAAGCAGAGUGGAUAAAGCAGUGAAUAUUAUGGUAGUUUGCUUAUCAUUGGUAAAGCUAUCAGUCCAAUUUUAUGUUCCCAAAGAAAAUGGUUGGCCAUAGCUAACAUGGCAUUCUAGCUCCUCUUUGAAAGUUGAUUCAAUCUUGACAUUUUUGUCACUGUGGCUGGCCCUUCAAAGUGAGAAUUAUUAUAAGUACAGUAAUGCUUUUCAAACUAUAGGCUGCAACUUCCAGAGGGAAAUUCACAAGUCUGAGCCUCUUUCAGUUCAGCAUUUAUUUCAGUGACUAGAAUAAUCCUUGAUUUAACUGUUUUGAGAGAAAAAUGAAGUUUUAUUUGUUUUAAAUGUUUUUAAAUGAAUGUCUUUUUGAAAAUGUAGCAAAUUUAUGUUCUAGACCAGCAAGUACUCCAGAGUGACAAGCCCUGUAGGCCCUAUGUGUUUAUUAGUAUGGAUUAUUCAUUAAAGCCCCAGGAGCUGUAGUGUUGAGCCUUGAAUUAGUUUUCACUCGUAACAUUAUGAGUCCUUCUUGCUUUUAGGAACAUGCCUUUAGGCUCUUCUGUAGGUAAAGUCUCUUGGGCUUUAUAUUAUAUUCAACUUUCAA